AGUGCCUAAAACAUAAGAGGUAAUUAAUCCCUGUUAGUGUAUCAAUUAGUCAAACAAUGGCUUGGGGUCAAAUUUGAAGCUGAGACAAAUGGGGAUGCAUCUGGGAGGAGCAGCAGCACUGCGGCUGGCUCUGGGGCUCGCGUCCUGCCUGCUACCCUCCUGCUGGCUGCUGACUGCUCAGGUCUUGCUGCCAGGCCUCGAGGAGGCUCUGACUCAGGCUGGCAAUGCUGGGAAGGCUCAGGAGCACUGAUGCCCUUUGGUGAUUUCUGGGGGUCAGAGUUGGGGGUUGGUGCGUGGAGCACCACCAACCUUCAGAGCAGCCUGAGAUUCCGAAAGGAAGCAAGCUUGCAAGAAAAAAGCUGCAUCCUUUUUUAGGUUCUAACGGCCAUUUCAAUCCCCUUUUUUCCGCCAUUUCAAUCCCCUUUUUUCCUGAGAGAGUGAGAACACCCUUUUAUGAGGGGUCUUGAAUCUCUGAUAAGGCCAGUCCCAUAUAGAAAUGACCCUUCUUCAACACUUAAUCUCUCCCCAUAUCUCUUUUCUGCGUGAGCAUUUGCCUUCAGAUCACGUGGUAGGAACUGCAAGCCCCCCUAUAUUAUUGCAGGAGAAAAUCCCACACGUUUGUUCCUAACCUGCCAAUGUCUCCAUCCCAUUUCUGUCUGUCAUGACCCUCAUUCAGCCUCAACACAGAGAGAGAAUUCGGUUACUCAGUUCACACCCUCUAGCCAAUGCCUAGACACCCCUCGUACACUCUCAGUGUAAUGCAUGGUUCCAACAGUAUUAAGCUACUGCAAAAAUCCAGUCCCCUCAUAUUCAAUGUGAGAAGGGAUUUAUUUGAGGAUGUUUAAAAACUGAUCAAUGUCUUUAUUAAAGUACCAUAUAUAUGGUAUAAUGCUUGCAUAUAUAUGGUAUACUCAAUGCACACAUAUGGUAUAAUUAGAUGCAUGCAUAUAUACGGUACAAUAGGAUAUAUCAUGUCAAUCAAGAGAGAAAUGUCUCAAAUUGAUUUUAUAUCAGUCCAAAUGAACCCAAGGUUCUCUGAGUUCAUCACAGACUCGGCAUGACUGACAGGGCAGUAGCAGCCUCAUAGAACCUUCAUUUGAAUUACGCCUGAUAUGGGAGAAAAAAUAUGAUUAACUCAGUGACAAAAUAUUCUUGUUUUCCUUGUAAGAUUCUCCAGCGGCAACUCCCCUCAGAGGGGAGGGGCAGGGGGAGAGGGAGUGGAAGAUGCAACAGUCACAGAGCAGACCCAGUGGCCUCAGGGCACCACCACACUGAAGCUCAGAUGCCCUUGGUGUUCUUUCUGGUCAUAAAACUGGAGCACAAGAAAAUAGAUGACUAUCAAAAAGCAAUCUUACAUAAUACAGUUAAUUGACAGUUUAGCCUAUCCAUCAGCAUAGGGUUUAUUUCAACUUUUAAGACCCCUGAGGCGGUAUGGCUGCUUUUAUCAUUAACAAUCACUGCCUAACAAAUCACAGAAUUCAGUGGCUUAAAAUAAAUAACUAUCUAUUAUCACUAAAGUGUGUGUUCUCAGCUGGUGGGCUGGCUGGGGACUGGCUGGUCUAGGCGAUGGCAUCCUUCGCCCGUCUGCCAGGUAGCUGGCUAUCGGCUGAGUUGGUGGGAUUGACUGGUCGUGUGCCUGUUGUCAUGAAGCAGCCCCACCUGGCGCGACAGGCCGAGUAAUGCCCACCUCCACGAAAUGUCCAUGCCCUAACGCGCAGAACCUGUGAAUGUGUUACCUUACGUGGCAAAAGGGACUCUAUAUGUGUGUGAUUAAGUUAAGGAUCCAUAGAUGGGGAGAUUAUUCUGGAUUAUCUGGAGGGGUAGCCCAAUAUAAUCACAGGGGUCCUUAUAAAAAGGAAGCAGGAGGGUCAGAGCCAUAAAGAGAAGAGAGCAGACAGAGAGAAAAGAAGAUGCAAUGCUCCUGGCUUUGGCAGGGAGCAGAGCCCCCAAGCCAAGGGAACGGGCAGCCUCUUGACCUGGGAAAGGCAAGGAAAUGGAUUCUCCCCUGGAGCCUCCAGAACUGUAAGAGAGAAACAUGUGUUUUCAUAAGCCACUAAGCUUGUAACUUGCUAUAGCCUCAGUAGGAGACUAAUACACCUGGACUUGUUAAAAAAGUUAGCAGCAGGGCUCUGAGAGAGAAGCAGGAGUGAAUCAUAGACUCAGGAUGGGCCUGCAGCCACUUCCGCCAUACUUGGCCAUUCUAUUGGCCAAAGACAUCACAAGGCCAUUCCAAAUGCAAGGGUCAGAGAAAUAGACUCACCUCUUGAUGGACUCUGUUUCUCUCACUUCUUGAUGAGAGAAGCUGUAAAGUCACCUUGAAGGCAUAUGGAGAUAGAGAGGGGUAAAGAAUUAUGGCUAUUUUUGGCAAUCAAUCCACCACCAGGCCCUUUACAAAGUGAUAGAGGACAUUCAAAGGCAACAGUUGAACAUGGUUUCCCUUUCAUUUACAGGGAAAUAGGAAGCAUGGGUGUCUGGAGCUCAGGCACUGAUAUAAUCCUAAGUCUUUGGGGGACUUAUGUGGCUCCCAGAAGCCGAGGAUGGAGGGACCUCCUCCAGCAUUUGGGAGUUUGCUGCUGUAUGGCUUUCACUUCCGUGGGCCUCCUCUCUGUGGUCUCCCACUGGCUUCUGUCCUCAUUUGGGGUCCUUGCCGCCUCCUGGAUGAUCAUGUGCACUCUGCUGUGCUGCUCCAGGCACGCCCGGUGCUUUGUGCUCCUCUUCGUCCUCUCCUGUGGCUUGCGUGAAGGCCGGGGUGCUUUGAUUGCAGCUGGCAUGGGGAUGGUCAUCUUUGGACAUGUGGAAAAUAUUUUUCACAACUUUAAAGUUCUCCUGGACAGUAUGACUUGCAACCUAAGGGCAAAGAGCUUUUCCAUAUAUUUUCCACUUUUGAAAAAAUAUAUUGAAGCAAUUCAGUGGAUUUAUGGCCUUGCCACACACGUAAGUCUAUUUGAUGACCUUGUUUCUUGGAACCAGACUCUGGCAGUGUCUCUUUCCAGUCCCAGCCAGGCCCUGGAGGCACAGCUAAAUGACACCAAAGGCAGAGUUCUGGGUGUCUUGUACAGGAUGGUGACGGCAAGUGAGGUGUUGUCUUCCCUGGGCCAGCAGCUCCUUGCCCUCACGGGGCUUUUCCUGGCGCUACUUGGCACUGGCCUCUUCAUGAAGCGAUUUCUGGACCCUUGUGGUUGGAAGUUUGAAAACAUCUACAUCACCAGACAAUUUGUUAGGUUCGAUGAAAGGGAGAGGCAUCACCAGAGGCCCUGUGUCCUCCCGCUAAACAGGACGGAAAGGAAGAAGUAUGUCAUCAUCCCGUCGUUCUGGCUGACUCCUGGAGAAAGGAAGAACCUGGGGCUGUUUUUCCUCCCCAUACUUAUCCAUCUCUACCUCUGGGUGCUGUUCGCAGCCAUAGAUUACCUGCUGUACUGGCUCAUUUUCUCAGUGAGCAAACAUUUCCAAAGCUUACCAGGGCUUGAGGUUCACCUGACACUGCACAGAGAGGAGCAAGGAACUCAGGACAUCAUUCAUGAUUCUUCCUUUAAUAUAUCUCUGUUUGAACCCAACUGCCUCCCUAAACCAAAGCUCCUUCUGUCUAAGAUCUGGAUUCCUCUCAGUAUUAUUCUUGUGAUGCUAGUCUUGCUAGGACUGUUGGCCUCCAUCCUGACGCAACUUAAAAUCCUGGUAUCAGCAUCCUUCUACCCUAGCGUGCAGAGCAAGCGUAUCCAAUACUUACAUGCAAAGCUACUGAAGAAAAGAUCAAAGCAGCCAGUGGGAGAAGUAAAAAGGAAAUUGAGUCUGUACUUUACAAAGAUUGAUUUCUGGUUUCCAGUCCUGAAAAUGGUGAGGAAGAAACAAAGGGGCUUUGAGGGUGAAGGGGAUCCUUGAAGGAGCCCGAGUCGCCCCUUGGCUGCCCUGCCCCAGCAGAACCUCCUCGGGUCCACUCACGGGGAGGGUGGGGGUGGGGCCUCUAUCCCCACCCAGCAAUGGAGGAUGUAGUGCACGGACGUGUGGGAUUUGAGCCUGCAGAGCCAAACUGUUUUUCUUCAUAAGGCCAGAUCUACCUGUGUCAGUGGUAAAUGGUUAUGUUGUCUGUCUUCUGUACAAGGCGCAUGCUCGGGACCGUGUCACAGUGUAACAGGAUUAUAAACAGGCCCUUUGAGGACGAGUCACAGCAUAGACUGCUACUCAAAGAAGGAAAAACAGGAAAAAAUAUAUAUAAAAAAUCAAAACCUUAUUGCAGACUCACAGGAAAAUGGCAAAAAGAACAUAUAUGCAUAAUGCCAGUAAAAUAUCUUUAAACUCCCUGUCCCUUCUCUGCCCUUCCUAAUAUCUCCAUAGUGACUCCCUACCCCCCACAACUGUCUCUCUUCCUCGCCCCUUAAUUCAAAAGCCAAUAACUCUUUCUGAAACCCACCACCAGCAGCUCCUAACUUCCUCUCACCACCCCCUCUGCUCCUACCCUCUACUUUCCUGGAUCACUUCUGCUUUUUCCUCUUCUACCAAAUCCUCUAUCUGGUGGUUAUGACGAGGUUACCUAGGAACCACAUGGGUACAGUCAUAUGAAAUGCUUGUUUAAAAGCACAUCUUGGGCCCCUUUUCCCUCUGCUCAAUAUAUACUAUACAGUACAGGGGCCUAUUUUCCCUAUACUCCAAGUACUUAGGAGGGAGAAAAACCUCCUUGAAUAUUGAUUCUGUUAUCUCUCAAGUCCCAGAAGGAGAAAGAAAUAGACACAUUAAGUUUUUUAUAUUUUAGCUUUUCAUUUUGAAAAUUUUUCGGACUUACAAAAAAGUUACAAAAUAGUACAGAGUUCCAUUUACUCUUAUUCAUCAUCCCCAAAUAUUACCAUGUUACAUAACCAUAGCACAAUUAUUAAAACCAGGUAAAAAAAAAACCAGUGAAAAAUGCAUGAUCUACAGAGUUUAUUGACUCUUUGUCAAUUGUCCCACUAAUGUCCCUUUUCCAGUACUUAGUUCAAUCUAGACUCACACACUGCUUUUAAUUUUCAUAGUUCUUCAGUCCCAUCCAAUCAGGGACAGCUCUGCAGUCUUCUUUCAUGACCUUGACUCUUUUGAAGAGUCCUGGCCAGUUACUGUGUAAAAUGUCCUUUGAUUUGGGUUUGUCUGAUGUUUCCUGGUAAGUAAACCCAGAUAAUGUACAUUUGCAAGAAUACUACAGACUGUGCUCGGCUCAGUGUCCGUUUGGAUCGUGACGCUGAGGUCCCUCAUUACUGGUGAGGCUGCCUUACAUCACUGGGUUAAGAUGGGGUCUGUCAUGGUCUUUCACAGGAAAGUUACUAAGUUUCCCUUUGCAAUUAACUAGUAUAUUGUGGAGAAAUACUCUGAGACAAUGCAAACAUCUUGUUCGCCAUUAUUCAUUUACCCUCUAAUUUUAGCAUCCAUGGGUGCAAAACCAGGGAGGCCAAAUAGUGAUUUUCUAUUUUCAUAAUAUUUUCUAUAUUUCUGAAUUGGAAAUCUAUACUAUCCCCAGAAAGAAACAUUUUUUUUGAAGAGUAGGUAUUUUACAUGCAUGAUCGCAUUUGUGUUUUACAGCAACCCUGUUGGGGGUAGGUAUUAUUACCAUUUUAUAGAUCAGAAAACUCACCCUCAU